AGUUUGACGCGUUUACAGCGGCAAGAGAAGACGCUCAGCGACCGACUUGCCCAGACUGUGUUUUGCCGCACGACCGCCGCCAAGAAGUUGACGUCUGCCCAGCAGCAGUGGCAGGAGCUGCGGCAGCGUUGUGAGCAGCACGGGCAGCUGCAUUGUUCCAGUACUGAAUUGCAGCACAUUCUCGAUCAUGCGCCGCUGCAGGAAGCGCUACGAGUGCAGGAACAAGAGGGGUCUUCUCUACGCGUAUUACUGAAGGAGAGCCUCGGUGAAGUGAAAGAAGGUCACCGCCUGCAAUGUCUCCUGCUUCAUGCAGUGUGUGGUCUGCACGAACGCCUUAACAGCAAUCACACACUCACCAACAAUUUGUUUCAGAGUGUGGUGUCGGACCUGGACGAAUAUCGCAUCGCGUGGGCGGACCAACGGAUUGAGGAAGAAGAAUGUGCAGCUGGAGGAGACAACCCAAAGCCUGCCUCCUCAGAGCCUGCCAUCUUACCGCCCGAACUGGAGUGGCUCACGAGACUCGACGCCGCUCCUGCCACCGCGGGAGAAAAUGAGACGCCUCCUGCAACGCAGCUACCUCCUCUCCCUGCUAAAUCUCUCAAGAAAUCGAUCUUGAAGGGCAGCAGCAGCGUGCUGGACCUGCAAGAUACGCACACGAGUCCUCUUGUGGUGCAAGCGAUUGCUGUCACUGCCGAGCAGCUUCAUAAGUCUACUCGCGCCAACACGCUGAACAACCAGCGCCUGUCCACUGCACCUGUCGACUUACAUAAGGAGCCCUUGCAGCCUACAACUCCUACCAUCGCUCAGCUUAUCUCAGUGCCAUUGACGUCCAUUUCAUUUAACCCCACACAAUCUUUGAAUUCUGUUUCUGCAUCUGCGCAAUCGAAUUUUCCGAAUCAUUUAUCAUCUUCCGUUGCGUCAGUUUCAUCCACAACUGUGCAAUUUACUGCCUGUCCGUCAAUUUCUUCCAGUAUUGGUGGCGGCGAAAAUCACAUGUGUAUACGGGAUGGUAUCACUGCCUCGUCAUCUUCAAGUUUUCCUCGAAUAAAAUUGUCCGAAACGAUUGAUCUUGACGGCUUCGAUGAAAACAACUCACCAGUUUUGCUCAGUCACCUCCACUUUAAUUCUUCUGUUGCAACCACUUCAUCUUACUCCGCAGUGUCUCGUCCUCUAUGCCUCGUCGAAGGAAGCAACGCUGCUCCUCCUGUAAUUGCGGAUGGAUCUCGCAAUAUUUUUUCAGUUAACAGUACCUGGGCUACACAGGCGUCCAUGACCCCAUCACACUCACAAGCGUUACCUUCCGCUACCGCAUCCAUUGUUAAAUCCACGCUGCAACGUCAGAGUGCCACUCGCAAUCUGGGAGUAUAUAUCCCGAGCUGUAAAUUAAUUCCAGAUAAAACAGAUUCGCAGUUCAUUAACAAUGUACCAGGAUCGCGCUCUGGCAUUCGUUUCUCCGACACAUUCUCCAUCACCCCAUCUAAAUUUGUUUCGGAACAUCAGUUUAACAUUUUGCCUUCAGUUUCUGAUCUCAGGAAUCCAUCUAUUUUAAAUCCAACAGCUAAUGGCUAUCCUAAGUUAUUUGCAAGUUCUUCUUACGCUACAUUAAACGCAACAGUUGAUUUAUCGGAUACUGGAAAAAAAAUUACGCCUGUUGAACAAAAUCCCACCGUAUCUUCGGCAUCGGUUUCGUAUUCAGGUGGCGUUCCUGGAUUGGCGCUACUAAAUGACUGCUCUAAUUUGCUUCAUUCAUCUUCGAAAGGCAAUGAAAACAGCCAAAUCAAUAGCACUUUCAUCUCCAACUCCUGCGUUGAAGAGACAUCUGACGGACCAUCAACGAAUCCCUACAAUGAAAUUCGUGGAGCUACAGAAAGCAAUAAAACGAAGUUGGAUUUAAACGGCAACUACACAACGCGUUCUGAGCAGCCUGAUUCUGAUGGCGAGGACGUCAGCGAGGAGGAUGCGUGUCAGGAGAACAGAUCAUCUGCUCGCCAGCUGCUCUUCAAUUCUCCCGACGCUCAGCCUGCUGGUUGCCAGCCCUCGCAGAAUUCGACUUUCUGUGUAGAGCCUUCAGAAGGAAGUGUUGAGAACCUGUUGCCGCUCAACCCGUUGGAGCUGCUGGAGAUGUCUACAUCUUGGUCGCUAAAGCUGAAGAGCAUUUUGAAGCACAGCAACUCGAGCAGCACCGCUCGCAGGUACGAGGUUGGGGGAGGUCAGAUCAGCAGAACCGCGGUCGCCCGCUUGCUGUCGAGACGCAACUUGUCCGCCUCCUCGUCCCUGCUUAGGAGAACUUCAGCUCAGUCGGCAAGCCAGAGCCAAACUCUGCGCAGAAAGGAUUUGCAAUGCGCCGCGUAAUGAGCUUCAAGAACAGGCGUUACCAUCAGCACCAAAUGGAGAACCAGGAGAACUUAGCUCCACGUAUCUCAACGAACAAGCUUCUCUCUUCCGCGUCGUGCUCAAAUCUCACGUCUUUUGCCACCGCUACCACCACCGGCAGUGCUUCUAAGUCCCUCAACUGCUGGAGACCUUGAAGUCGCGCGUCAUCUUGCCUGAAGCGUUCCCUCUUGUAUCUAUUGUAUCUGUACAGUGACGUCUAUGUUUA